UUGGGCCUAAAUGCCGAAGAAAUCCGUCUUUGAAUUACUAGGGUUCUCAUAUUUCCAUCGCCUCUCCCUCAACCUUCCUCACACUCACUGUUCUGCAACUCAUUUCGGCGCAUAGUCAAGGAAGGAGUGCUCCUUAUUUGAAAUCAACGAGGAAAAAUGUCAGGAGAUGAAGCUGCAGUAGUAGUUCCGGCAGCUGAGCCAGCGGCUGUAAUUCCUGGCGAGCCUAUGGAUAUCAUGACUGCCUUGCAACUGGUGCUCAGAAAGUCAAGGGCAUAUGGUGGUCUUGCCCGAGGCCUCCAUGAGGGUGCAAAAGUGAUUGAGAAGCAUGCAGGACAGCUCUGUGUUCUAGCAGAAGAUUGCGACCAGCCUGACUAUGUUAAACUUGUCAAGGCCCUCUGCGCAGAGCACAAUGUUAGCCUGCUCACUGUUCCAAGUGCAAAGACACUUGGAGAAUGGGCUGGAUUGUGCAAGAUUGAUUCAGAAGGAAAAGCUAGGAAGGUAACUGGCUGCUCCUGUGUGGUUGUCAAGGAUUUUGGGGAGGAACAUGAAGCCUAUAAUGUUGUUCUGCAGCAUGUGAAAUCCCAAUGAGUUGCAAGAAGCAUAGUUUUGUAUGUUUCACUUUUUAUUGAGGUUAUUCCGUGAGAGUGAAUUUUUCCUUGUAGCUGGAGUAUCUUCCUAGUGAUUUUUAUUGUUUUAUAUGAAUAUGCUGCCUUCUAGUGUUGACACUCAUUUAAUUACAUCUGUCUUGCUCUAUCAUAUCCAUGUGGUGAAUUGAACAUUAAAGAAGGGAAAUUUAGCAGAUACAAAUUUGACUGUUA